AUUUGAAUUUUGACUUAUUUUAGGAUAACAAUUAUGUUAAUAACUAAAAGUAAAUAAUAAAGAAUAAUACUAUUAAAUAUUUGUGUCAACAAGUAAAGAAUGAGUUUUUUUAAAUCGUAGUUUCUCCAAAUAUAUAGUUCUAAAGUUCGAUAUCAUUUUAUUUCAUUAUGGUUCAAGAAAUUCUUUGCAUCACGUUCGUAUCAAGUAUACCUUUUAUGUUUAGUUUACAAGGUGACUUUGUUUUCGAUGACUCCGAAGCUAUUGUUAAAAAUAAAGAUAUCAGCUCUGAUUCAUGGCUACAACCCUUCUUUAAUGAUUUUUGGGGAACAAAUAUCAGGAGUAAUCUUAGUCAUAAAUCUUACCGGCCUUUAACUAUACUCACUUACAGACUGAAUUAUUUUUUAAGCAACAAGAAUUUAACUGCAACACAAUUUAAAAUCACCAAUCUUUUAUGUCAUGUUGCUUGCUGUUUAUUAGUGUGGAGAACAUAUAGUUGCCUAUGGGAAAGGUUUAAAGGAAAAUAUGUUAUGUCAAGUACACUUAAUGUGCCUGUAAUAGCCACUUUGAUGUUCGGAGUGCAUCCUAUUCAUGUGGAAGCAGUUUGUGGAAUUGUGGGACGAGCGGACUUGUUGUCUGCAUUAACAUUCCUUCUAUCAUUCCUAAUCUACGAUAAAUCUAUAAAGACUGACAGUUAUAUUUAUUUAUUUUUAAGUUUAAUAAUAGCAAGUGCUUCUAUGUUCUUUAAGGAAAAUGGUAUAACUGUUCUGGGUGUUUCUUGCAUAUAUGAUUUAUUGUGCAACAUAAAUAAGAGAGACAAUAAAAAGAAAUUAAGUGAUUACACAUGUUUCAAAAAUAUACACAUUAAUAUCAAAUGUGCUUGUAGAAUAAUUUGUGUUGUUGCCUCCGCAAUCAUUUUGCUUUACAUGAGAUGGAUAAUAAUGGGCAGAAAUACGCCAGAAUUUAAACCGACAGAUAACCCAGCUGCAUUUUCGGACAGUAUAAUCACAAAGGUAGCUACAUAUAAUUAUAUAUAUUUCUUAAAUUUCACGCUACUCGUUUGGCCGCAAUGGUUGUGCUACGACUGGUCGAUGGGAUGCGUUCCACUUAUAAAUAGUGUUCUAGAUUUUAGAAUACUGCUGCCAGUGAUUUUAUAUAUAUAUGCAGUAUUAUUUGUUAAAUUUGUUAUUACCAACGGAAUUCAUUCAUUUCCACAGGCGAGAUUAUUAAUCAUGUCAGUAGUUCUUAUAUCACUACCAUUUCUGCCAGCUUCAAAUAUAGUGUAUCCAGUUGGCUUUGUUAUAGCUGAAAGAAUAUUAUACAUACCAUCUAUUGGCUAUUGUUUUUUGAUAGCAAUUGGAGCUAAUAAAAUAGUUAGAAAGAUCAAUAGAAAGGUGGUUAUUUGCGGUUUUUACGCCAUGAUAUUAAUUUAUUUAUUGAAAAGUUGGAAUAGAUCAUUUGAUUGGAGGAGUGAAUAUGAUUUGUUCACGAAUGCACUUAAUGUGUGCCCAUUGAAUGCAAAGGUACAUUACAAUGUAGCUAAAGUAGCUGAUGCCAAACAAAAUAACAGCUGGGCUCUGGCAGAAUAUAAAGAAGCAAUAAGACUGUAUCCCGAGUAUUACCAAGCGAUGAAUAAUUUGGCAAAUUUAUUGAAAAAUCAAAAUCAAUAUACUGAAGCCGAACUAUAUCUUAAGAAUGCUUUACACUAUAAACAAGAAUUCCCAGCAGCCUGGAUGAACCUCGGCAUAGUGUUGGCUAACACCAAGCGAUAUGAGGAAUCUGACAACGCCUACAAAACUGCUUUGAAAUAUCGCAAAAAAUAUCCAGACUGCUACUACAAUUUGGGAAACUUGUACUUAGAAAUGAACAAAACAAACGAGGCAAUAGAAAGUUGGCACAAAGCAAUCAAUUUGAAUCCCAAACAUGUAUCUGCUUGGACAAAUUUACUUGCCCUUUUAGAUAACACGGGGCAAACUAACAGAGCGUUACGGAUAAUACCACAAGCCCUCUCGGACGUGCCCGAGAUGCCGUCAAUUAAUUUCGCCAUAGCAAAUAUUUACGGCAAAAUAGACAACUAUGUUGAAGCGGAAAAUUACUUCAAGAAAGCCAUCAAUUUGUUCGGUGACAGAGUACAAGCUAUUCACUUUGCGAAUCUAGGAGUACUCUACCAUCGUUGGAAGAAGUAUGAGUUAGCAGAAGCAAUGUACAAAACGGCUUUAAAAAUCGAUCCCAGAUUUCCUAGUGCUAAAAAGAAUCUCAAUACAUUAAAUAAAUUAAAAAAUAACCAUUACACACUCUUUUUAUUUGUUGUAACAUCACCAAUAAAUACAAGUUUGUCUUAA